GAACCUGUCAGAACCUGCUGGAUUUCACCCCUGGCUCCUGGCCAAAAUGCCAAGAACCAGGAACAAAGGAUUAAGAAACCCUUAUACAUUUUCACUAAAAGAAAAGGCGGGACAAGGCGAUAUAAUUGGGGAUGUGUGUUGAUGAAUGGGCCAAUCCACUACUUUCUGGUUGUUUGAAUAUAUUCUCUUUUCUAUAAGAGAAUCGCAAAAUGGAACUCAUUUGUUCAUCUUCUUUAGAGACAACGUUAUUUCUUUGGCUAAGAGGACUUUAGGACAGAGAAAGAAUGGCAAGCCGUCCUUUAGCAAGUGGGGGAACUGUAAAAGGCCCUUCCGGUGCUCAGUCUGGAAUCCACGGGGAGAUCUGGGCAAGAACUGGGCAGAAGAUGCUGGAAGAAGGAACCAUCGUUUCACAAGUUCACGCCUGGAACUUCAGGAGCGUCCAAUAUCGGGAGGAUGAGGGUCCCCGAGGACUUUGCAGCCGACUGCACUACUUUUGUAGUCGAUGGCUGAAACCAGAAAAGUACACAAAAGUGCAGAUGCUGGACCUGGUGGUUCUGGAGCAGUUCCUGGCGCUUCUGCCCCUGCAGAUGGAGAGCUGGGUGCGGGAGUGUGGAGCAGAGACCAGCUCCCAGGCGGUGGCACUGGUGGAAGGCUUCCGCCUGAGCCAGGCGGAGGAGGAAAAGGAGCAGGUUGAGUUGCAGCCCUUAGCAAUGGAGAUCAGAGAUCCUGAGAGAAAGAGGCAUCCGUCAAAUCUCCCUGAAGAACUGUCUUUCAGGGGGAUCCCUCCGGGAGAUCCAAUUCAGGACACCUCAGGAGGGAAGAAUAGAAGGAAGUUGACUCUUCGUUUUGGGGGAGCAGAAACCAGGAUUGAACCUCCAACUCAGGAGAGUCUUGUGUCCUUUGAGGAGGUGGCUGUGUUUUUCUCCGAGGAGGAAUGGUCUCAGCUGGAUCCUCACCAAAGAGCUCUGCAUUGGGAAGUCAUGCUGGAGAAUUAUAAGAACGUGGUCUCUCUUGGUGAGAAUGACAAUAAUGACUCUGGAGAACCAAUCGAAGUCUUUAGACAAGGAGACGUAAUGAAGAAACCUGCAAUUCAAACAGAAUUCCAAAGGCAGGAGAGAAACCUGUCAACUAACUGGAAUAAGGAAAGCUCACCUUCGAUUGUUGCUCAGAUGCAGGACUUUAUUGAUGAACGAGGAAAACUAAAGAAGAAAUAUAUUGGGAAAGGUGUAAGACUCUACGAAGACACAUUAGAUGUAAAUGGACCGUGUCCAUCUCAAGCCAAAGGACCAGCCAAUAUAUGCAAAGACGAAGGAAAAAAUUACAGUUGGAUAUUCCCACUUUCUCAAGAAAAUGGGUCUCUUGAAUCACAGAAAAAUUUCCACAUUGGAGAGAAGUCAAAUAUAAGUAAUGAACAUGGAAACAAAAUUGUUAAUAAAAGGACAUGCAUGAGGGAGAAGCCAUAUAAAUGCAUGGAGUGUGGAAAGGACUUUAGCCAAAAGAAUAUCCUUAUUACCCAUCAAAGGAUCCACACGGGGGAGAAGCCAUAUAAAUGCAUGGAAUGUGGAAAGGACUUCAGAAGAAACAGUCAUCUUAAAUGCCAUCAAAGGCUCCACACAGGGGAGAAGCCAUAUAAAUGCAUGGAGUGUGGAAAGGGCUUCAAUGCAAGCAGUUACCUUACAACCCAUCUAAGGCUCCACACAGGGGAGAAGCCCUUUAAAUGCAUGGAGUGUGGAAAGGACUUCAGAAUAAGCGGUAAUCUUAUAUGCCAUCAAAGGAUCCAUACAGGGGAGAAGCGUUAUAAAUGCAUGGAAUGUGGAAUGGGCUUCAAUACAUCCUAUGGUCUUAUUUCCCAUAACAGAAUUCAUAGACUGGAGAAUCCCCAAAGCAAAGAUACAUUUGGGUGAGAAUGUAUGCUAACUAUUGAUUUAAUGGGUUCUAUGUAUGGAUUUCCAGUUUACAGACUGAACUCUGAAAAGGGUUUUUGAAUGUAUCUGUAUAUAUAGUAUAUAGCAGUGUCAAAUUGGUGGCUCACGGGCUGGUUGCAUCACAUGCAGGAGACGCCCAUCCCCCAGCUCCGCGAAUAGGGAAUGCAAUGCAUCACAUAAUGGCAUAGUCACACGAGGAGUUUGAAACCCGUGGUGAAUACUUUCAUUUUGUUUUAUUGUUUAGAAAUGAGCUUCCUGUUCCCCAACUGCCAUCAUUCCCCCAGUUAGUCAUAACUCUCAGAGGGAUGCGAAGACGUCUAACAGAUGCUGUUUCUCUAAGCCCAAAAGGAAAAUAUCAAAAAAAUAAUCAAAUUGCACCCAUGGUGUAGAACUGGGAUCCCCAAAAGUAAUUAAAUUUGCAUCCUCGGUGUAGAACUGAGACCUGAGUCAGCCGGUAUCUAUGCAGAAACAUUGAACAUUAUACAGUCAAAGGCCUCAUGAUAUGAGGGAAUUGUCACAUGGAGAUCAAUGAACAGCUUGUGGGAAGAACUGAAAGGAUGAAAAUUCCUCUCUCACAAAAGGAGCCAGAAGCGCCCCAAGUGCUUGUGCAAUUUUCUUUUCAAGCAUUAUGGCCAUAUUUUGCUCUUCUGUAGUAUGGUGAGGGCUACUAAGUCCACAUUUGGAUUAAAUAAAAUAAAUAUCAAUGGUGUGGUUUCGUUCUAGUCAUGUGUUAUACUCAUCUAUUAAACUCUUAGUUGCUUUAAAAAUGUAUAACACAUGUUGGUGUGAAGCUCAAUUGCCAGUAAUAGUUCUGGAUCAAGCUGAACAAUAAAGAGAACGAAAAGA